AUGGAAGAAGAGAAACCGGACGAAGAUGAGGAAGUUACAGUAGGAAAAAAUAUCAUCCACAACAAUUUCGAGAACGCAGAUUUUUUCAGCAACUUUCACUUUCUGCUUGAUUAUAGACAUCAUCACCCCGUCCACCAGUUCCAUGAGCGUCAUUGGCCGUGUGGAGUGAAGAACUCCCAGGUGGUAGGAACAAGUGUACAUGAAGGAGGUAUCGCCCCGAGGAAAACGGGUCGAGCGCAAGCAACCCGGAGAAAAAUACACUCAACGAAGAAGCUUAUUAUCCAUUUGGUUCCUUCAAGCAAAUCAAAUCUUUACAAUUUCUUGAAAAAGAAAAAGGAGCAAGUACAAAACAUCUAUGGCAAGGAUGAAACCUACAAGUAUGAAAGUCACAUAAGUUUGACUGGUUAUUUUUUCUGUGAUAACAUUUUUAUUUUUACGAAGAGUCUAUGCCUUUAUUUGUUUCAUUAUGUGAAGCUUUACCAUUUUUCUACGAAGCUCUCCGUUCGGGAUUUGUUCUUUUACAUUCCGUGUCGGGUCGGAGCGUCGCCAUGCGAUGACCGCCGCGCCCUGUGGGUGGAGAGUCGCUAUAGGCUGCAGCAAGAUGAGGGGAACAGGACGCGAUCGCAGCAGGAGGUGGAUUGGAAAACCGACUCGAAACCUCGAACAUGCAACGUUCGGGAGAAACAUAUCCUGACGACGAAGGACGGGUACGUGAUUAUCCCAAUAAUGUGUGAAUGGUUGAAGAAGUUCUUCGAGAAUUUUCAAUUUUUAAUAAAAAAUGACAGUUUCGCAUCGUGUAGGAAGUAUAGGGGAGGUGGAAACGACAGAACCUCAAGAAGAUACUUGCGAAAGCGUCCCGCUCUUAGGGAGGAGGAUGACCACUUCGUUGGUGCAAAGGAUAGGAAGUACCGGGUCAAAGAAGAAGAGUUCCAGGAAAUACCAUCAAGGAUACAUUCUCGAGGGGAAAACGGUACAGGGGUGAAAAGUUUUUCUAUGCGGAAGGAAUGUUCCACAACAGGUGAAAGUAGGGACACCCCUCUAACGAAACAUAACGGUGAUGAUGCAGAGUUACAUUCGUGUGUAAGGCCGGUGAAAGGGCGGUACAGUGUGAGCAGCGUUAGUACCUCCGCCAGUAGUGGGGACUUGGGAAUGUGUAGCGAGGUGGCGCAAGUGAGUGAUAGCUCUCCUGCGAUGAAGCCUGCGGUUUGUGAAAAGCAGGACCGAGCACUCAGCCACAGUAGCAGUAGCAGUAGAAGUAGAAACAAUCCAAGUCGAACCAAUCCAUGUCGAACCAAUCCAUGUCGAACCAAUCCAUGUCGAACCAAUCCAAGUCGAACCAAUACAACUAGUUCCAGCAGUGGGGACAAUAAGAUAAAGUAUCGGUACAACAACGCCAAGGUGCGCUUGCUCCAGUUCCGCAUAAAGAACUGCAACCAUAUUUCCCUCGCCUCCAACCGCAAGGACCAGGGAGUCCAAAACGAAAUUGCCCACAUGUACAGAGACAUGAAGUACUACUUCUCCAACUGUACUUGGGACAUGGUGAUGUUCGAGUGCGUGGAGGAGGGAUGCAACACGCACAUGGGUGAGGAAGCAAGUGAAAGCUUCCCAGGUCGUAAACCCCAUUUGAAUGAGAUUUUCCGGUUCCGCAAUUUCGCCAUUUCGUGA